AUCGUCGCGUAGUAUCGCUAGUUCAACGGAUGCGGGUGCGUCGCAGCGGAAAUGGAGCCGGGUACGCUGGCGAGGGUGCUGCACGACUUCCUCACCACCGUCGACGAAGAGUUGAGCCUUCCCAAGGGAAAUUAUUUCCUGGUACACGAGAUCGUAGACAAGCACUGGUGCCGUGGUCAGUCUCAAGAUAGAGUUGGCAAGUUUCCUUUGAGUCAUCUGCAUAAAGUGGAGAUUCCUCAUUUUGGCGAAACAGAAAGACUGUUCGUUUCCAUAGCCAGCUUUCCCGGACAAGAAACUGGAGAUUUGUCUUUUGCAGAAGGAGAACUCAUAAUUGGAAUGAGAGACAUAGGUUCGGGAUGGUGUAUGGGGAGGAUAAACUCCAGAAAUGGAAUUUUUCCAAUGACACAUACAUGGGAACUGGAUACAACAAUGUUAAAGAAAACAUUAAAAAAUAAACUGAUAAGGAAAAGAGCCAAAGUAAAAACGACAUUGAAGGCACAGCUCAAUGAAGAAUUGGAUCUAGUUGCAGGAGAGACGGUCAUUGUCACAGAAAUUUUAGAUGACGGUUGGUGUCGUGGAGUUGCAGAAGAUGGCAAAGAAGGCAUAUUUCCUGAAGGAUUUAUAUCCUACAUAGGAGAUCAAGAUACAAUUGACCAUGAACAAAUACCAUGUGCAACUGAGAGCAAUUUCAUGUCUUUCUCGACAGUUCAAAAUGGCACAAUCUCCAAAGAUUUUAGUGAAACCUCUACGAAUUCUUACGCAAACUUUUCCGAAGAACCUGCUCCAAAUUACUUUGAUUUAUUUCCAGAGGUGUUACCAACAACCAAUAACAUGGGGAACCCUCAACAUAACAGUCACGUGAAUUCUGUUGAUAUUAAACCAUAUGCUAUAACAUUAUAUCCAUUUAAUGCACAGUUUCCAAAUGAGCUGAGCUUUGGAGCGGGCGAAGUAGUGCAUCUUACAAGAUAUAUCGAUUCCGAGUGGAUAGAGGGUACAAUCGACGCUACUAAAGGCAUAUUUCCAUCGUCUUACGUCAACAUUAUAGUCGAUUGUGCAGAAGCGAAGCAACAUCAAAUCCAACAUGAAGUAAUUCCUGCAAAGAAAGAUGCUUUGGAGCCGGGUGUUACUGUAAAAGUACUGUAUACCUUUGAUGCACAGAUGGAUGGCGACUUGAAUGUCCACGAGGGCGAGAGUGUCACCGUGCUGGAAAUGACCAAUGAGGAUUGGGUGAAAGUGAAAAAUAAGAGCGGUCUAGUUGGUCUGUGUCCGCGGGAAUAUUUGAACUCGGUGUCCGAAUGUUCGUUGGACAGUCUGCAGGAAUCUAGUUUAGAAGACUUUGAAGACUUUGUGAUGAUUAGGCAUAAGGAAGCAAAGGACGCUGUCACGAGCGAAGAACGUAAUCCGAAAAGAAUGUCGCAACCGCACAGGCCAGCACCACCGGCUCCAGCUCCAGGGAGAGUGCCGUUACAGAAAGAAACUGUUGCAAAUGGAGAAGUAUCUGCUCAAAGAAGAGGAAUUCGAGAAAACGAAUCUGCAAUUAAUAACACUGUAGACAUGAGACAAAAGCAUGCAGAUCAACGACAGAAUGUAAUAUCGGAAUUAGUAAUAACAGAAAAAGAAUAUGUUCGUGAUCUAAAAUUAACGUACGAAACAUUUAACUUACAUAAUCCGAGUUUUCUCGAAUCAAAAGGGAUUGAUGUCGUUACGUUGUUUGGGAAUAUUUUGGAAGUUAUUCACGUUGCCGAGGAAUUAUUGGAUAUGAUCUUGAGAGCUAUGAAAGGUUGCGAUGAGAACUUGCAAAAAAUUGGGCCUUGUUUUGUGAAAAUGGCUGAAAAAUUGAAAAGUGUUUAUGUCAAAUAUUGUGGAAAUCAUGAAGCUGCAUUAGCUCUGUUAAAAAAGUAUGAAAAUAAUGAAGAAAUUAUGAAAGUAUUUACUAAAGGUAUUGAGACAUUACGUCGUCAGGUUGCUUGCUUUGACAUGAGCUCUAUUUUGAUAAAGCCGGUACAAAGAAUUUUGAAGUAUCCACUAAUGUUAUACGAAUUAAUAAAAUGUACAGAAGACAAUCAUCCAGAUAAAGCAGCCAUAAUGGAGGCGUGGGAGGUUAUGACAAAUGUGGCAAGUUACAUCAACGAGUACAAACGGAGAAGAGAUAUUGUAUCAAAGUAUUUAGAAAAUGAUAAUACCUUAUUUAGCAAAAUGUCGAAAUUAAGUAUGCAUUCUGUGGCGAAAAUGUCAACAAGACUAAGCACGAGAUUGUCAGCGAGUCUGGGAUUGACAAACGUCGCAAACGAUACCGAGUUUGAGGAGCUCGAAAAGCAAUUUCGAUCUAUAGAGAAAUGUACAUGGCAAUUGGUGAAAGAUAUUGAGCAAUGUAUCACGUAUCUGAGUGAUGAAGCUAUGUCCGGUGAAGCAAUAGCUGACUUACUGCUUCAUUAUUAUCAAGAAAGUCCGACUAUCGAGGUGAAAAAGCUACAGGAUAUAAGAUCUAUAAUUUGGUCACAAUAUAUGCGGGAUUUCAAAAUGUGUAUCGAAAAAAAAGUCAGCGCACCAUUGCAUUUUCUAGCGACGCUAUUGGAAGGGCCAGCGGUGUUGGUAGCGAAGAGGCACGAUAAAUUGCUGGAUUACGACGCCGCUAUUUCAAAGAGUGAGAAAUAUAAAGAAUCAAAAAUUGUACAAGAAGAAUUAUUUACUGCUAAGAGUAAUUACGAAGCUCUGAAUCAACAAUUGCUGGAAGAAUUACCAAUAUUGCUGGACGCGGCGGCAAACAUUUUAAUUAAUUGCAUAAAUGUUUUUGCCGGUGCCCGAAAAUUACUAAGCGGAAGAAUUACCAAGCAAUAUUUGACUCUUUGCGAGACAUCAUCACAUCUAUCGUCACAAGAUGUACUGGAAUCAUUUCUUGUGAAUCAUAAUUUAAUAUGGAAUCAAAUAACACGUCUCGCGUUUGCUGGCACAAAUACCCGAGUAGACGAGGGUCCACGAGGAUGCAAGCAGACCGAAGAACAGAGAGCCUCGCUUAGAGACAAAUACACCGCAGAUAAAUUGUACGUGGUGGUUGAAGACAUUUCUAGUACAUCUACUUUAGAUGUGGAUGCUACAAGGGGUACGUUGGUUGGGGUCAUUAAAAAACAGGAUCCAAUGGGAGACACGGCAAGAUGGUACGUUGAUACCGGAGCUACUCAAGGAUUUUUGCCUUCUCAAAAACUGAGACCGGUUCAACGGCAAAGUCAGCACCAUGAUCAAAUUGUAUCGGAUAUCGCUGCUGUUGGGAGAAAAAGUUCGAGCCCUCCCAAUUUAAUGUCAUUAGAUUCUCCCGAGAAAGAGAUUAAGAAGGUAUCUUUGUCGCAUCUGCAGGAUCUGCUGUCGUUAGAGCAAGAAAUGAAAGUAAAUCACAAUUAUAGCAACGUUCCCGAAAUGCCAAAAGUUCAAGUGUAUCAGAACGUACACAGCGAAUUUUACUACGCUAUGUAUGAUUUUGCUGGAAAUAUGCCGGGUACAUUGCCUAUUACUAAUGGCCAAGCCCUGAGACUCCUCAGGCCUCACGACGAGAAAGGAAACAGUGAAUGGUGGCUUGUAGAGAAUCGUAACGGUAAACAAGGCUACGUUCCGCGGGAUUAUUUAAGCUCGCCCGUUAAUCUAAAGUCAUAAUGAUGGAACAAAAGUUUUAUAUUUUUAACAUUAUAAUUUUAUGCUAAAAUUAAGAUAAAUAAUUUGAUUGCAGAACAAUUAAUCAUUGAUAGAAAUUAUUAAUAGUAUUUGUCAAUAUUUGAAUUUUUUAUAUUAUCUCAUAAAAAUGUAUAUAUUAUUGGUAUAUUAACAGAUAAUAAUCCUUUUAGAAUCUUUUUAUCUAAUCUGAUUAAAUCUAAAGAUCUAGAAAAGAUAAUCAAUCAAAAUAUUAUUAGACAUUUAUCAUUUACUAUUUGAAAAGAAUUUUUUUUAAUUUCUUUGCUCUAGUUACUUAGGUUUAUUCAUUUGUAUUUGAUUUAUAUAUAUCUUUAAAAUUUUUACAUAUUUUUAAGAUUUUUGAAUUAUCGUUAAAUUGUUAUAUGCAUGUAUAAAUAUGUUAAAUUGUAAUAUAUUCAUGUAUAAAUUAGUGCUCGAAAAA